AUGCACAAGCGGGUCAAGGUGUGCAUCCGCGUGCGGUCAGCCUCGAAAGAUCAUGCAGGCAUCCAAGUCAACGAACAAGAAAAGACAAUUAGUGUGUUAAACCAACUGAAUGGCAACGGCACGUGCUUUCACUUUGACGAUGUCCUCGGCAGCCAAGUGACCCAAGAGCAAGUGUAUCAGCGCGUGGCGGCGGAAGCGUCCGAGAGUGUCCUCCACGGGUACAACGGAACAGUCAUGGCAUACGGGCAAACCGGCGCUGGGAAGACCUUUACCAUGUCUGGCGGCAAGACCAGCUUCUCGGACCGUGGCAUCUGCGCGCGCUCCAUCGCAAGUGUAUUUCAAGCAAUCCAAAACGACAGCGAGCACACGUAUAGCGUCCGCGUGUCGUACGUUGAGAUCUACAACGAGCAACUGUACGACUUGUUGGACUUUUCCGAGCACGAUACCAACCACAAGGACCUCGUCGUGCAAGACAAUGACAAAGGUCAAACGUUCGUCAAGGGACUGGCAAAACCCAUCGUGGACAACGAAGGGGCAGCCCUGGACUUUCUCUUCCAAGGCGACACCAACCGCACCAUCGCAGAACAUUGCCUUAACAGUGCAUCCACUCGGUCGCACUGUAUUUUCAGUGUGCACAUUGAAAAACGGAGUUGCCACGACACCACGAGUCCCGUCGUCGAGAGCAAACUCAACUUGGUCGACUUGGCUGGCUCGGAGCGCAUGAAGAAGACGCUGGUGACAGGGACCAUGCUCAAAGAAACGAUGCACAUCAACAAAUCGCUGACCUUUCUCGAGCAAGUCGUGAUUGCCCUCGGCGACCACAAGCGCGAGCACAUUCCGUACCGCCAAACCACGCUGACAAACAUCUUGAAGGAUUCGCUGGGCGGAAACUGCCGUACGCUUCUGAUUGCAUGUGUGUGGCCGGACGAGUCGCAGAAUGACCAAACCCUUGCGACCCUCAAAUUUGCCACGCGCAUGAUGCGAGUCAAGACGUCCGCGGUCGUGAACGUGAGCCAAGAGCAGCACAUCCAGGCCAAAAAGCUCACGGACGAAAUCAAACGCCUCAAGGGGGAGCUGGCCCUCCACGACACUCUCGCCGGACGGAGCCGUGUCGUGUACGAUGCCAUGUCCCCAGAGCAGAUGGCGGAAAUGAAAGCGGCGAUCGAGCGCUUUGUGGCUGGCGACGGCAGUCAAGGUCUUCUUCCCGUGGUGAAUGUCGUGCAAGUCCAGACGCUGUUUCAGCUGUUUCGCCAAGUGGCUCUGGAGCACAAAGCGGCGGCGGGGCCAGAGGUCGACGGGAUGCCUCCAGCACAACCAACGAUCGUCGAGUCCCCAGUAACAUCCCUCGACCACAAGGAAGACGACUCCAAUGACAACGCACUGCUACACCAACAACCUUCCGACAUUCAACCAUCGACGCGAACAGACGACGAGCCAGAACGAACCAACGACGACGCCGCGUUGUUGGACGAGUUCAAACAGCAUUUGGCGGCGCAAUUGGAACAAGCCAAACAGAACUUUCGAAAGGCCAAGAAACAGGCCGUGCAAUGCGCCACCGACGUGAACUUGGCCAAAAGUGACAUUGACGCGUUGUCCAAAGCACUAAGCACGUCCAGUGACGACGACCAGCGGGAGCUACUGGGGCAACUCAAGGAUGCCAAGAAGACGUACCGGACAGCGUUCGACCGGCUCACGGAUGCCCAAGCAGAACUGACUUAUUUAAAAAAGACCAAAGACCAACUGGUUGCAAGCGCCGCGACGGAUUUCGACACAUGGAAACGCGCACGAACAGCCGGCCAUCAUGCGCAAAGGGCAACCUCAAUGUGA